CACGAUUCAAUUAAAAGAGCUUAUAAAAACAAAUAACACCAUUUGCCCCCACGCAUUUUUAUUUUCUCUACAAGUUUCUCUCUUUCGUUGCGAGAACUCAUCAGCAGAAAAAUGGUGAAAGGUCCAGGUCUUUAUUCCGACAUCGGCAAAAAAGCUAGAGAUCUUUUAUACAGGGAUUAUGUCACUGACCAUAAGUUCACCGUUACUACUUACACUUCAAACGGAGUGGCCAUUACUUCAUCUGGUGUUAAGAAAGGCGAGUUUCUUUUAGCUGAUGUAAACACUCAGCUGAAGAACAAAAACUUCACCACUGAUGUAAAAGUGGACACCAAUUCGAAUGUCUACACUACCAUUACUGUUGAUGAACCUGCACCUGGACUGAAGACGAUCUUCAGCUUUGUUGUCCCAGAUCAGAAAUCUGGAAAGGUAGAGCUCCAGUACUUGCAUGAGUAUGCUGGAAUCAGUACUAGCAUUGGACUUGCAGCAAGUCCUUUAGUCAACUUCUCUGGUGUUGCCGGCAACAAUAAGAUUGCAUUGGGCACUGAUCUGUCAUUUGAUACCUCGUCAGGCAAUUUCACGAAAUGCAAUGCUGGUUUGAAUUUCACCACUUCUGAUUUGAUCGCGUCCUUAGCAUUGAAUGACAAGGGUGAUACGCUCACUGCAUCCUACUACCACACCGUGAAUCCGUUGACCAAUACAGCUGUUGGUGCAGAGUUGACUCACAGCUUCUCAAGCAACGAGAACACUAUGACCAUCGGAACACAUCAUUCCUUGGACCCACUGACCACAGUGAAGGCUCGGGUUAACAGCUAUGGUAAGGCAAGUGCUCUCAUCCAGCAUGAGUGGCGUCCAAAAUCCCUCUUUACAAUCUCUGGCGAAGUGGACACCAGGGCAAUUGAAAAGAGCGCCAAGGUUGGAUUGGCCGUAGCCCUCAAGCCAUGAGCUAGUUACUACCUUAUACAAGAAAGUAAAUGCGGCUGGUUUGUUUUGUCUUAGCCCGAAUCAAUAAAUUAGGUAGAAUUUUUUUGAGCACAUAAUCCUUCUCAUUGGGGGGACAAUGAUCUUAUGAGUGUUACUGAUUUCCUAUACGUUUUUCUGGGCUGUAAAGAAUAAUCUUUAGCUGGUGGUGCAAACCAGUUUGAUUUUCUGCUUUGACCUAUCCAAAAGGUUAAUUGAUGGAUUGAUUUGUCUUCACCUGA